UUCCGAUCACAUCUACUCCGAGGUAAUUUCCUUUUCUUCUUUCUUAAUACCUUUUAUAUUCGUGAUCUAUGGUCCAGUCCGACUAAUUUGCAUAUACAUAUGUUAGCAUUUUAAUUUCUUAAUCACUUUUCCUGUAUUAUUGAUCUUUCAAUUGUUGGUUAUCAUGUGAUCUUUGAUUUUUUCCGAUUACCGUAUAUUUUAAUGCUAGUAAGAAAUGUUUUCAAAUUGGCCGGCGUACUAACUACUAACUAGAAAUGUUCGCAUCUAAUUUUUGUGUUACAUCUUUAUUUUUAUUUGAUUUCAGUAUUCAUUUAACUGUUAACAAUUCUUCUUGGGGUCUAUAUAUGCCCUUUGCAAAUUCUUUAACUUUGUCACUAGUCUGUGAGAUGGAGUCGAACCUCUCAUACCGAGGGACACAGGUUGUUUAACUCUCGCCAUUUUGUGCAUAGAUUUUUAGGAUCUUCGAAAGGUCAUACUAAGUCGUAAAUCAUAUAAAAUUAUAUAUAGAAAACCUCAACCAUUUUACCAUAGUUGUUUAAGUUAUCUUCUUGAUACUUACGUGGUGGUCUGGUGGAUUCAUCCUAUAUAUUUUUUUUUUUCUAAUAUUAAAAUGUGUUUUUCUUUACAGUAAACUAGGUCAAAAAAUAAUAGAAUCAGUUAGUUGUUUUAAAGAAAUGAUAAUAGCUUUGGUCGGUGACCUUAUCCUCUAUCAUAUCUCAAACUAGCCCCUCGUGUCGCUCUUCUCCUGUCGUUUCAGUGUUGAAACAUCGCUUUAUAAAUCAUCACCUAGUUAUUAUUUUACUAGUUACUGUAUAAAGACUGUUAUAGUAUUUUGUUUAUUUAUUCGUUAUUUACUUAUGUAUGACUAUUUUUCUCUAUUUAUUUAGUUUGGCUAAACUCAUACAAUUUAGGUGAACUCAACAAUUUCCAGUAUAAUGCUUGUCCUUUCUUGACGGAAAAAAGGUUUCUUUUUCAAAUAAUUAAUAUUUUAUCAAUUAAAGCUUUUAUCUUUUUAAGCAUUCGGUCUGCGUAAGGUUUCAUUUUCGUUCAAGACUUUCUUGACAUUUUUUAAAAACAAUAUCCCAUAUCACAUUUUUCAAUCCUCUUAUUUAUGACAUAAUCUGUGACGAAAUCAAACGCCGUUUCCUAUUUUACGAAUAUCCAACAAAAAAACGUACGAGUAUGAGUAUCACAAAAACUAUUUAGUGGACCAAAAACAAGUUACAAGUACAAUAGUAAUAUUUUUUUAUCGACAUGGAAACCCCAAAUUACGUCGUGUUUCGCAUGAAUCACGUGGAUUAAUUAAUUAGAUCAAGAGGACAUUGAUUGUAGAUUUGUAGUUAUUAGCUGCAAAGAUAUCCAAGAAGAAGUAGUAAAUCUGAAUACGAAUCUCUCUCUUAGUGGAUACAAAUCAGUAUCCAAUUACUUAUCGUUAGGUUUAGCUUUUGGUGUAUUUAAAGAAGAGACAACGAGAUUAAACCAAUAACCCUCUAGCUGUCUUAUCCGUACAUUUAUUUUUCAUCGUUUGUAACGUUAUAAUAAACUAUAUACAGGUCCUAAACGAAUUCACUCAUGGGAGUCAAGAGAAAGUGAGCAAGACAGAGUUCAAAGAAGUGUUGUCGGACAUUUUGUUGGGUAUGGCUGCUGGUCUGAAACGUGAUCCUAUCGUCAUCCUCAGGAUGGACGGUGAGGAUCUCUCGGAGUUUGUCCACGGCCCUGGAUAUGAAAUCGAGAGCAUUUCUGUUUUCUCAGAGCUCUCCAGUAGCAAGGACGCAUCGCUCCGUGAUUGUAUCGUCAAAGCUCUCCAGUCUCUUUCUGUUGAUCAUGGAAUGCCUCCUUCCAACGACCCAUGGGUGAUGAGCAACAUCGUAGAACCAAUUGUUGACUCUUGUCUUGAUGAAGAAGAUAAAAGAGAGAAAAGCGCGUCUCAGGAGAGAUUCUUGGAAGCAUUCAAGAGAGUCGUGGAGAGUGUGGCUCAGCGUCUCAAUGAACAGCCCGUGAUCGUUGCUCACAGCGAAAACACCUUUGAUGGGAGCGGUAUCAGGAGGCUCUUGUCCAAUAAAUUCGAAUUCGAUAAGGCACUAAACGUUGCCAUGGAGACGAUUCCAAAAGACCGUCAGGGUAAGGUGUCUAAAGGAUAUCUACGAGCUGUGCUUGACACUGUUGCACCAUCGGCCACUUUACCACCAAUAGGCGCUGUGUCCCAGAUGGAUAAUAUGAUAAUGGAAGCGUUGAAGAUGGUGAAUGGAGAUGAUGGAAAUGUGGUGAAGGAAGAAGAGUUUAAGAAAACAAUGGCAGAGAUAUUGGGGAGUAUAAUGUUGCAGCUCGAGGGUAGUCCCAUAUCGGUUUCCUCUAACUCGGUGGUUCACGAGCCGCUCACCUCGGCUACCUUUCUGCCGUCAACUUCGACUGAUACAGAGGAGCCUUCAAACUAAUCAUAGAAGGGAAUAAGCAGCACUAGCAGCAACAAAUGUUAUAUGGUUUUGACUUUUGAGUGUUUACCCCCAAAAGUUUUAGAUUAAUGAGGAAAACCGUCUUUACUUUCAGAUGUAUAAAAUUGAAAGUUUGGGGUUUCCUCUUGUUGGUGUGGUGAUUCUACUCAUGCCUUUUUUUUUUUUUUUCUAAUGACCAUGGGAUGCAAUGUUUACUCUGUUUUUUAAUUUCGUUAAAAUUUGUUUACGUUUAUGAUGCUUGAAUGGCUAUGAUGAAACAUUUGAGUUAUCUUUAAAAGUGUGAAAUAAAUAUUCUGAAGUUAAUUG